CGAUGAAAAAGAAAUAAAAUUUGAUGAUAUGCCUAAUUAUAAUAGCAUGAAAUUCUUCGAAGAAGAAAACUCCUUCAAGUUAUUUAAUUUGAUUCGUCAGAAUAAAAAAAGGAACACACCUACACUAUAUGCGGACUUAGAAAAUUAUUGUGCGAAAAAAUUAAUGAAUAUAGAGAAAUUCAAAAGACCAAAUCAUAAUCAAAAUAAUAAUAUUAUUUUAGACGAUUAUUAUACAUCUGUAAGUCAUUUUAAAACAAAACUUACAUUGAAAUAUUUUUUCUUAACAUAUGAAGAAGAAAAAGAGGAAAAUGCCAUGCAAAUAUUACCAAAAAUAGUAUCAUAA